UCACUUCGCCAGAACGAACUUCAUGGUAUCAUCCCGGGGGAAAUUUCCCAAUGUUCUGCCGGCGGCGCUAGCGGUAUCGGCCUUGCUGCCGCUCGAGCCUUCGUCGCCCAUGGGGCCCGGGCGGUGGUGAUUGCUGAUGUCCGAGCCGAUGAGAGCCGGGCCGCAGCCCUCUCCGUCAGCCCAGACGUGUGCAGUUUUUUUCGGUGCGACGUGGCCGACGAGGACCAAGUUCGGUCCCUCGUCGACCAUACCGCCGCCACCCACGGCGGCCUCGACAAGAUGGUGGAGCUCGGUUGUGUGGGUGGCGCGAUCGUGUGCAACGCGAGCGUGAUGGGGGAUCGCGGGGCGGAGGUGCACACGGACUACGGCGCGUCGAAGCAUGCGGUGGUGGGGUUGGCGAGGUCGGCAGCGGUGCAGCUAGGCCGGCACGGGAUACGAGUGAACUUCGUGUCGCCGGCGGCGGUGCCGACGGCAUUGGCGGGGAGAAUGGGUUUGGGGACGGCAGAGGAGGUUGAGGCGGCGAUGGGGCCGUACACAAGCCUCAAAGGGGCGGUGCUGACGCCGGAGCACGUGGCGGAGGCGGUGGCUUUCCUGGCGUCGGGGGAGGCCGGGUUUGUGACGGGGCACAAUUUGGUGGUCGACGGCGGACUCACCGGCCUGCCCUCCGGCGAG